GCUGUAAUGCAAAAUGGACCUUGUUAAAACUAGAUGGGCCUAAAACUAGAUGGGCCUUGUUCGAGUCCUCUCGACUCAAUCCGCGCGUUUUAACUCACUCAGACAGGUUAUGUUUUAGCGGCGGAGUAGUUACUAGGUCGUAAACGUGAACACGACCUGUCUGUAUUGUCAGCGAUGGAACUAGACUUCAAGUGUUCGGAUGUCGGAGUCUGGAAGAAGGCUCUGUCUUCCUACGAAUCAAAAGUCGAGUCUCUGAACAAACCAGACCUCGUCUCUCUCGACCAAUACUACCGCGUCGAGCUCCCUAGUCUUCUUCACGGCCGAGACCCUAACCCUUACCUCACCACCUCCGAGCUUUCUCAGCUCAUGAAAUGGAAGCUCUCUCGCGGCAAAUGGCGGCCGCGUCUGCUCGACUUCGUGUCGUCUCUGGACGAUUCGGUGGUGAAGUCUGCUUCUGAGAAGGCUUUCAAAUCGCUCCCUGACAUCUCCAAGGCUGUGAAUGAGCUCACCGUGCUUAAAGGCGUGGGUCCCGCAACUGCCUCCGCUGUUCUGGCUGCUUACGCUCCCGACAUUGCUCCGUUUAUGUCCGACGAGGCAAUGGAGGUGGCUCUUGGGAACUCAAAGGAUUACUCUUUGAAGCGAUACUUGUUGUUUGUCACUAAGCUACAGAAAAAGUCAAAGGAAUUAAAGUUGGAAGGAGAGUGGGGUGGGGCUUCAGAUGUUGAGAGAGCUCUAUGGAAUUGUACUGUGCGUUCCAAGUCAAAGCCAGCCGAGAAGAGCUCAUCGGAGAAGAAAAGAAAACGUAAGGAGUAACCAACCACCAAAGAACCCUGUUGUAGUAUAUUCAUUCAGUUAUCAUCGGCUAUUUUUUUUCUCAUAAUCUGGACGAAUAUCUAGCAGAUUUUGUCAUUCCCCUUGUUUGGUUACUUUCUUGCUAAUUCGUGUUCUAUCUGUUUUAAGAUCUACCAUGAAAGUCUCUGUAAGUUUUCCUGAAUUUUUGAACUACUCUAGUAGUAAUACUAGUAUGCCUAUCCAUUUUCAUGA